UCCUCUCAGCAGGUCCCGGUUGUCGACCUGGUUUACGCGCAGUACCAGGGUUUCUACAACGAGACCUUGAACUACAACACCUACCUCGGUAUCCGCUUUGCCGCACCACCCGUUGGAUCAUUGCGCUUCCAACUCCCUCAAGAGCCAGAGAAGAACUCUUCCGUCGGUGUGGUCAACGCGACCCAGUUCCCUCCCAUGUGCGCCCAGACCAUCAACCACAACCCUAACCAGACUUACGCUCAGCAGUCGUCCUCGAUCAUGGGGGUUGAGGAUUGUCUCUUCCUCAACGUUUACACCCCUGCGAACGCUACCUCCUCCGACGAGCUUCCCGUCCUUGUCUGGAUCCACGGUGGAGGGUAUGGUCAGGGUAGCGCACCCCACGACCUCUCCGUCUUGACUCGUCAGUUCGGCGGGAACGCUAUCAUCGUUACCAUCCAGUACCGUCUCGGUGUCUUUGGUUUCGUCUCGAGUGCUGAGAUCAUGAAGAAGGGUACCCCCAACGCUGGUAUCUACGACCAGACUGCUGCUUUGAAAUGGGUUCAAGAGCACAUCGGUGAUUUUGGAGGUGACCGUGAUGCCGUUUCUAUCUGGGGAGAGUCUGCUGGAGGAGGUUCGGUUAUGCUUCAGGUCAUGGCUUACGACGGUACACUCGGCAAUUCCCUCUUCAGGGGUGCUAUCUCAGAUUCUCCUUACCUCCCUCAGCAGUUCGACUACGAUGACUACGUGCCCUCUGUGAACUACUACAAGAUCGCGGAGCAGGUUGACUGUCUGUAUUCCUCUGACAUCUUCGACUGUCUCGUCAACGCCGACUUUGAUGCUCUACUCAACGCUUCCAACGUCGUCAGCUACCAAUCCGCUCCCGGACAGUGGGGAUGGCUCCCAGUAACCGACGGUAACCUCGUCGCCAAGCGCCCCACUCAGCAACUUCUCGAAGGUCGCGUCAACGGCGAAUACCUCUUCGUCGGUAACAACGCUCAUGAAGGAAAUCUCUUCGUUCCCCAGAACCUCUCCUCCACCCAGGAAGUCUUCGACUUCGUUCACACUGCCUUCCCCAACCUCGACAACGCCACCAUUACGCGUCUCUUGGAGUACUACCCCGAGCCAGAGGAUAGCGACGAGCUCUACAUCAGCCAGGCUGACCGUGCGAACACGAUCUACGCCGACUCCACCUUUGUCUGUCCCGCAUACUGGAUGGCUCAGGCUUACCCCGAGGGUAACGCCUACAAGUACACCUUCAACGUCCUCCCCGGUCUUCACUCCACCGAACUCGCAUACGUUCUUCCCGGCCAGGGUGUCAGCCAGCCUAUCGGGCCCUUGAACUCUGCCAAUGUCACCGUCGACGAGGCAUUCGGCGGAUCCGUCACUAGCUUCGUCAGGAGCUUCGAUCCUAACACUCACUCCCUCAUCCGGGAUGCGCCGACCUGGGAGCCUUACACCGCCGAGAACGACUGGAGUGAGCGUGUCUUUAACUCUACUGCGUCUGGUACCUCGAUCAUUUUAAAUAACCAGACUCCUAGGAGUCUUGAUGUUAGGUGCACUUUCUGGAGGAGCAUU